AAAAAACCGUUUGUGCGGCUCGUGUCCUUCACCUCUGGAAAGAAGGAAGCUGCCGGGAUGCGUCUGGCGCGCCUCGCCCGCGCGGCCCCUCUUCUCGUCCGCACGGCGGCGACGGCGGCCACCGCCGACCCAGCGGCGGCGCUGAAGGCGGGCGACGCGCUGCGCUCGCGCCGGCGGCGGUUCACGGAGGACGACGUGGCGGCGUACGCGGGGGUGAGCGGCGACCGCAACCCCGUCCACCUGGACGACGCCUUCGCGCGCGGGGCGGGCGGGUUCCAGCGCGGCCGCGUGGUGCACGGCAUGCUCGUCGCCUCCCUCUUCCCAGCCCUCAUCGCCUCCCACUUCCCUGGGGCCGUGUACGCGAGCCAGUCGCUCAAGUUCGCGGCGCCGGUGUACGUCGGAGACGAGGUGGUCGCGCAGGUGCAGGCGCUCCAAAUCAAGGCGGCCAGCGGAAGGCACAUUGUCAAGUUCGCCACCAAGUGCUUCACGGAUGACGAUCAGACUCUCGCCAUUGACGGCGAGGCCAUGGCUUUUCUGCCCACACUGCAGCUCAGCACAGAGGCGAUGGAGUGACAUGUUUGUUCAUUAGACGCUACCGAAGCAGAUGCUAUGAUCGAUCAAUUUGGAAUGGGGUGAUUCUUAUCUCAUGAUGAACCAUUUCGCCUUCAUAAAAGCUUGAGGCCUUGGGGACAUUAGACUGCAAUUUUGUUAGUCAUAUAUAUAGUAUUGUACCUUGCAGUUUUCCUGUAAUGUUAUGAUUGACAGCAUGAGCAAUGAUCACUUCAACUUUCUGAGGAAAUGAGCACAUUCAAUGGGCUGGUUGAUCAUUCUCA